ACGGAGAUAUUUCUGCAGGUUGCGACUUCAGGAUUGUGUCAUUCUAUCUUCCCCAGAGCUCAUGCGCCUCUCCUCUCUCUCUCUCUCUCUCUCCCCACAGAGCCUUGCAAUAGGUACGUUGUGUUGCCAUGGCCGGGCUCCCCGGCCUUCGUUGCUGCGGUGUCGCCACCAGCGGGUCGCUUCCUGCUAUCGGCCAUGCCCACCGCCCUCGCAGUCCUCCGCGCGCCCCUGCUCUCCGCUACUCGUCUCUCCGAGCUGGUGACGGUCUCGGGGAGGAUGUCAUGCGCAUGUUCCUUGAGGAUAGGCAAACGAAUGGGGAUUUCAUCUCAAAAGUCGCUGACAUGGUUCUGAAGAGAAAUGACACAGGUCUUCAUACGUCAGAUGCUACUGUGGACCAAGAAAAUGCUGCAGAUGUUGCACAAUCUGAAGAUGUCCGGGAAGAUGUUAUGAGUGAGGGAGUCUUGAGACUUGAGGCGAAUGGAGAUUUGGUGUCCGCUGAGAGCAGCCUUACAGCAAGGAGGAGGCGUUCUGCUAUGGAUAGGCAGAAUGAGAGCGACAAAAGGAAGGAAUUCAAUCUUCUGAGAUAUGAAGCAAUUAAGGAUGAACUGUUGCUCCUGACCACAGGAAUUGGAGCUGCUUGCACUAUAUAUUGUGCCCUAGUCUUCUCUCUGGAGGCUGGUAUCAGUUAUGCUUUUGGAGUUGCUUUCAGUUGCUUGUAUCUUCAACUUCUGUAUCGCCGUGCAGAUAGCCUGUCAAAAGAAGAUGUUCCAGAAGUUUUUCUGAAGAAGAGAGUUAAGAAAAUUGGAAUUCGGAGCGAGGAUUUGAAGAAUACAAUAGAGAAGACACUGGGUGGCUCUGUAUUUGUUCUUUCAUCCCCAAGGCUUAUAAUUCCUGCUGUGAUUUUUGGACUGUCAUCUUUGUCAAGUCACUUUCAUAAUACCAUUUUAAAUUUUGAGCUUGUUCCAGGGAUGAUGGGGUUCUUUGCAUACAAGGCUGCAGCUUUGGUACAAGUAUACAGAGAUAACGAUGAUCUUAGAUUGAUACUCCCCGAUGAAGAUGCUGACUACAGUUGAAAUUUUAUCAGCGAGAGAUUUUGUUCACCUGGUUUUUGAUAAAUUAAAGACCACAGUGAUGCCGCAGAAAGCAGUACCCCAGUUGGAAGAAAGGCAGGAUUGCGGCCACCACAGCUAGCCACAGGGCAGGAGUACAAUGCUUGUGCAGCAACCAGCAAUUGCCACACACAACCCAAGCAAGUCGGAAACUGCAUAGACGGACUCUUACUAGCUAAGUACUCAGUCAGUUACAACUUGAACCACCUUAAUGCCAGGCGGUUUAGCACUGCUAUUAACAUGAUCAGAAGCUGGCGGAGUUCCUCCGCCGGAGCUGGUUCUUCGGCUCCUCUUGUGGCACGUAGUGCACUACCGGUUCAAACGCCUACAGCAAACAGAAAAAUACACAAGCGCUGCGUCAGCUCUGCAAAAUGUAAGGUUAAAAUGGGUACUCAGGAGUCAUGGGGCAUCGAGAUAUGAAAAUAAUUCAAUGGCGAAGCAUGUCUCAGAGGCAAAUGUCUAGUACUAGUUCGUCGUUCGAUCCCUGGGAAGUCAAAAAGAAUACAGUUCACCAGUCACUCGCCCAGCUCUCUCUCGUAAACGGAGCAUCGAAAUUUCCAAAUGAUGCUUGCAUGCUAUUCAGAUUGCCCUGCAUGUGGAAAAAGCAUUUGUACGAUUGCCCUAUAAAGUGCCAAGAAAAAGUUUUCAAGUCAGCGAGGCCAUCGUUUCGCAUCCCCAAGAAAUGCAAAGUGGGACACAAAUCUCACCUAUCGGGGAGGCUGUCACUUGCAGAGCUUUACAUACAUGCUGUCUUCAGAUUUCAUGACAUGGCCAUAGAAAGGAGCACAAUGCAAGUAGAGAAAACCACACAAAAAAAUGACAAAGAGAGAGGUGCAACACAAUUCGAGGUAGAUGUGCAGAUAUUGCUGGUACAUGGGUAGUAGUAAAUUUGGCACAUCAAAGCUGAAACUGAUGGGUAAAUAAUAUAUAUUUUGGGCAUGGAGGUCGAAGCUUAUCUUAGUAAGCAGUACUCCGCUACAAUAGUACUAUGAUGCUGACGGCAUGGUAAAUUGGUAAUGAAGGAAAAGGAACUGAGCU